AUGAGCUCUUCCAAAUCCCCAAAACCCGUCUCCGUCCUCUUCGUCUGCCUAGGAAACAUCUGCCGCUCCACAAUGGCAGAAGGCGUCUUCCAAUCCCUCGCGCGCGACCACGCCCUCAUAUCUAGCAUAGACUCCUGCGGCACGGGCGCCUACCACAUCGGCUCAUCCCCCGAUUCGCGCACAAUGUCCACGCUCGCCGCGAACAACAUAACCACAUACCGGCACCGCGCGCGCCAAUUCAAGACAGCUGAUUUCGACACAUUCGACUAUAUCUUUGCGAUGGAUGCGGACAAUCUGGAGGACUUGGAAAGGGCGCGGCAGAAGGAAGUUAAGAAGAGGGGGAGCGAGGAGGGUGUAGGCAAAGUUAUGCUGUUUGGGGAGUUUGGUGGGAAGACGAAGAGGGGAGGGAGCGGCGAGGAGAUUGUUGAUCCGUAUUAUGGUGGUGAUGAGGGGUUUGCGACGGCGUUUGAGCAGUGUGGGAGGAUGGGACGGGCGUUUCUGGAGGAGUUGGAGAGCGGGGAGUUGAGUUGA